GUCAUUGCUUAGAGAAGGGAGAAUCAGAGUUUUCAGUAAGAGAAACCACUUUUAUAAUAUCCAUAGGCAUACCUUGGAAUAUAGAGUGUCCCUAGCAAAGGGCAAACAAAGAUGAAGUAAUACUGUAAUAAAGAAUAGUUCCCCCUCUUCUCUCUGUCCUUACAUCUCUGUCCCUCUUGUCGCUUUUUAGAUAUCUGGGCUUUUUUUUUUUUGCUUUUUUCUUCUGGACCAUUACUGUUUCUUACAACUUCAUACCAGUAUCUCUUUGAAUCCUCAUACCCCACUGCCCUAAUCCAAAAAGCAAACCCAUUUCAGUCCCCUUUAAAGGACCUUCUACAUUCCUUAAAUUCUUACUUUAAUAUAUUUCCAGUUGGGUACAAGAAAAUAAGAAAGUAACUUUUUGAACUCUCAAGACUUCUUCAAUCUUCAAGAUUCUACUGGUGAUACUCCCCCAAAAUGGAUGAGAGCAAUUAUUAUUUCAUGAGGAGGAGCCAUGUUCCAGCAUUUGGUUGCUGGGACUGUAACGAUAAUGAAUUCCCAGUUCCUUUCACACAGUGCUUUGAAUCAGCUAGGCAAGCUGGUUUGCUUCGAUAUAGCUACUAUGAAGACCGUGAUUUGUACGUCGCCGGCGAUCUUUACCAGAACGAUAUUGUCACGCCUACCAUGAUCGUCGUUCCUCGUCGUAAGAAAAAAGCAGUUGGAAAAGAAGGAAGAAAGGAUUGUGAAUAUGAUGAUGUGAAAGAAGCAGCAAGUCCUGUUCCAGCAGCUCCUCGUCCUUCACCUAAAAGGGCACCCAAAGCUGUAGAUGAAGAUCUCUACAAGAUUUCCCCAACCUUGCUCUACGCUAAGCCUAAAAGGAAAGGCAUCAAGGGAUUCUUUUCGAGCUGCCUGCGGCCAAUUUGUGUUUCUUAAACCUGAUGGAGCUCAAAGUUUACGAAGAAGAGAAGAUUCAAAACAUAUGGAGGAGGACUAUAUAGUCGAUGUCUAUAUUCUAAAGUUAGCAUAGAGAGUUUGGAGUAUUUUCUUGGGUUUUCCUUAGUGAAAAGUGGCCACUGGCCAGCCCAAGAAGAUAGUAUCCAACAUUAUCUUGUAAUAUAAUAAUGAAUAACCAAGAAGCUAGCCUUUUCUUCUCUACUCUAUUUCCUGCCGUAUGUUUCUUUUUGGAAGUAUUUACAUGUCAUUCCUACUAAACUUUUGUAAUACAAUAAAGUAUCAAGAAGUGGAAAGUAUUUUAAAUA